UGACACUGAUCGCGCGUUACACAAAAACGGGGAAUAAAAAAAAAAAAAAAAAAAAGAAAAGAAAAUAGGAAAAUGUAAAAAAGAGCGGGAGAGAGUAAUUCAGACCACUCACAGCUACCAGCUUCACCGUCCCCAAAACCCAAAAAAUGUCAGUUGGCGUUCGCCGGCUCGCUGUGCUUGGCGAGUUCAAGCCGUUUGGCUUAAUCGCCGAAGCUCUCGACGGCAAGCCCGCCGAUAACUUCACCGACAAGUACGAUUACUUCCUUUUUGACCCCGAACUCACUCGCGACAGAGACGAAGCCGAUGACUUCGAUGCAUCCAGCGACGCACUCAGCGAUCGAUCUGAUCACGAGCUUUUCAUUAGAGGAAACCGGAUAAUAUGGAGUACCGGUUCACGAGUAUUUAAGAGGUUCACAUUGCCCUCUCCAGUCAUCAAGGCAUGCUGGUGUCAUCUGGGUGAUAUGACUGAAGCGCUUCUUUGUAUUUUACAAGUUGCUUCUUUAACACUUUACAGUACAUCAGGUGAAGUAACCUCAGUUCCUCUCUCUCCUAACAUCACAUCAAUAUGGCCUCUUCCUUUUGGGAUAUUAUUUCAGCAACAAGCUGAUACAACUUUGACAACUCAUUUUCCUUUUUCAUCUUCAAGUCCUUUAUUUGGUACAUUGGACAUAUCCCGUCCUAGACGAGAGACAGGACACAGCCCACAGCAUAAUGUUGAUUUUCCAAGUGCAUUUGAUCAUAUUGUCAAGGGAGGCACGACUUCAAUGUCGUCGCAUCUGAUUUUGAAGGAUCCACUAGAAGAACCACAACUGACUUACAUUGAAGAAAGAGGAAAAUAUAACAUAAUGAAGGAGUUUGAUGAAACAACAAUAUGGACAAGUGAUAAAAUCCCUCUGAUGGCAUCAUAUAACAAAGGAAAGAUGCAACACUCUGUGUGGGUUGCAGAACUCAUGAAUUCUAACCUUGAAGUGGCAAGUGCUAAUUUGCUAGAUGUUGUUCCGGCUGGUGUAAUACCAAAACAAUUCUCUUUCCGUAGAAUUUGGCAGGGGAAGGGUGCCCAAGCAGCAGCUUGUAAGGUUUUUCUUGCCACGGAUGAUGAUGCAGCUCCUAUUAUUUGUUUUCUUCACCAAGAACAAAAGAAUCUAUUGUCUGUAAGGCUUCAAAGUGUUGAAAUAAAUAAUGAUAUUCUCUUUGACAUUAAACCGGAUAUGAGCUGGAGCAUACCUGCAGUUGCAGCUGCUCCUGUUAUUGUAACACGUCCUAGAGUGAAAGUUGGACUGCUGCCAUAUUCAGACAUAAUAGUUUUGGCACCAGAAAAUUCCCUCCUUCUUUAUUCAGGGAAACAAUGCCUAUGUAGGUAUUUGUUGCCUUCUGGUCUGAGUAAAGCCAGGGUUGCACAUAAUUUGGAGUUUCAGGAAACAGCAUCAGUGUCCCAUCACCCGAAGAUAAUAGGACUGGCUGAUGCAAUUGAGGGGCGGGUAAAUGUUAUCGUAAAUAAAGGGCAGAUCUUUCGUUGUGCAUUGCGGAGAAGUCCUUCAUCCUUGUUGGCAAAUGAUUGUAUCACAGCAAUGGCUGAGGGGCUCAGUUCCAGCUUCUAUAGCCAUUUUCUUGGUCUUCUUUGGAAAGAUGGUAACUCAGCCUAUAUGGCAGAGGCUGAUCCUGGUGCUAAUUCUGAAUGGGACUCUUUUUGUGGUAUUAUUUUGCAAAUGUGUAGAUCUUCUGUCAAGUCGUCAAAGCAUUUCAAAUCAAAGCCUCAAUCAGCUUGGGAAUUCCUUAUCAGUAGCCAAUUCCAUAAAAACUUCUGCAAACACAACUUUGUUAAUGGAGUUUCUUCUGUGACAUCAUUCGAUAUGCAAGAAAUUGAUUCCUCUGGGUUAAACCUAGAUGGUAAACAGAAAUUAGAAACAUCAUUUUACUCUGAGCUAAUGGUGGAGAGUUUGGCUUGUUUGCAUGCAGUAUAUGAGAAUCUGAAGCUGGAUACUCUUCGUAAGAGGGAUUUGGAACUUCUGGCGGUUCUAUUAUGCGAUGUUGCUAAGUUUUUGGGUGAGGAAAGCUAUCUGGAUCAUUAUAUCCGUGACUUUCCUUGUUUUUCCGUAAAAGUUGGAAUGUGCACAGCCCCCUUUUCAAGGAAGACUCCUCCAAGUUUAUUCAGAUGGCUUGAAGACUGCUUGCUACAUGGAUGUGCGUAUGCUAAUAUUAAUGAUCUUCCAUCUUUAAUUCGCAAAGAUGGAAGUUCAGUCGUGAGCUGGGCCCGGAAGAUAAUCUCCUUCUAUAGUUUGCUAUCUGGUGCUAAACAGACAGGAAAGAAGCUUUCAUCUGGUGUUUAUUGUAACAUUGUUGCGGGAUCACAUUGCACAAUCGAGGAACUCACAGUCUUGGCAAUGGUUGGGGAAAGAUUUGGAUUGCAGCAACUUGACUUGCUUCCUUCCGGUGUAUCUCUUCCUCUUCGACAUGCAUUGGAUAAGUGCCGGGAAUCUCCUCCAAUUGACUGGCCUGCAGCUGCGUAUAUCCUGCUUGGCAGAGAGGAUUUGGCUUUGUCAUCUUUGGCCCGUUCAAACAAGUCUAAAGAAUUUAAAACUCAAACUAACGUGAAUUUAAUCUCUAUGUCUACACCUUACAUGCUGCAUUUGCAUCCAGUGACCAUUCCUUCCACUGUUUCUGAUACAAUUGGAUUGGAUGGUACCAAGUUUGAGGAUACAGAUUCUGUUGAUGGGUCAAUGAUAGAUGGUAUGGAGCAUAUUUUCAGCUCUAGCACACAGUUCCGCUAUGGCCGCGAUUUGCGACUGAAUGAGGUUAGACGCCUUUUGUGCUCAGCAAGACCUGUGGCAAUUCAAACAUCUGUUAAUCCUAGUGCCUCUGAUCAGGACAUUCAACAGGCCCAGUUAUGGCAACUUGCACAAAGAACCACUGCACUUCCUCUUGGCCGAGGGGCAUUUACCCUUGCAACCAUAUACACACUUUUGACAGAGGCUUUUGUUGUCCCAAAGCUUGUUUUAGCAGGCCGGUUGCCUGCCCAGCAAAAUGCAACUGUAAACCUGGACCCAAAUGUAAGGAACGUACAAGAGAUUAAAUCUUGGCCUGAGUUUCACAAUGCUGUGGCUGCUGGUCUGAGGCUGGCUCCCCUUCAGGGUAAAAUGUCAAGAACCUGGAUUAUAUAUAACAGACCUGAGGUGCCCAAUGCUAUUCAUGCUGGACUUCUUCUUGCACUAGGGCUACAUGGAUAUCUGCGUGUUUUAAAUAUAACUGACAUAUACCAGUAUUUAGCACAGGAACAUGAAAGCACAACGGUUGGAUUGAUGCUUGGCCUAGCUGCAUCUUAUAGAGGGACUAUGCAACCGGCAAUAUCAAAAUCUCUUUAUGUCCAUAUACCUUCUCGACAUCCAUCUGCCUUUCCAGAGCUGGAGUUGCCAACCCUUCUGCAGUCAGCAGCUCUAAUGUCAGUUGGACUUUUAUAUGAGGGGUCAGCACACCCACAAACAAUGCAGAUUCUUUUGAGUGAAAUAGGACGUAGAAGUGCAGGAGAUAAUGUACUGGAAAGGGAAGGUUAUGCUGUUUCUGCUGGAUUCUCACUGGGCCUUGUUGCCUUGGGUCGAGGAUAUGAUGCACUUGGUAUAAUGCACUCGCUGGUUGAUCGAUUAUUCCACUAUAUCGGUGGCAAAGAAGUGCAUAAUGAAAGAUCCCUUUCCUCGACACUGUCAACAGAUGAGCAUAAUCGUGCUACUGCACAGAUGCUGGAUGGAAAUGCAGUCAAUAUUGAUGUCACUGCACCUGGAGCUAUAAUUGCUCUUGCUUUAAUGUUUUUGAAGACAGAAUCACAAGCAAUAGUGUCUAAACUCUCUAUUCCUCAUUCUCAUUUUGACCUGCAAUAUGUAAGGCCUGACUUCAUUAUGCUUCGUGUCAUUGCUCGGAAUUUGAUAAUGUGGAGCAGGGUUUAUCCCUCCAAAGACUGGGUUCAGUCUCAGAUACCUGAUAUUGUCAAAAAUGGUGUGGAAGGCCUUGGGGAUGAUACUAUUGAUAUUGAUGAAUUAGAUGCUGAAGCCUUUGUGCAAGCAUACAUUCAUAUAGUGGCUGGAUCAUGUAUCUCCCUUGGACUGAGAUUUGCUGGUACAAAGGAUGGGAACGCUCAGGAGUUACUGUACAACUAUGCACUCUACUUUUUAAAUGAGAUCAAGCCAAUUUCUGUGACAAGUGGAACCUUCCCAAAGGGAUUGUCUCACUAUGUUGAUCGGGGGACAUUGGAAAUGUGCCUUCAUCUUAUUGUUCUUUCCCUGUCAGUGGUGAUGGCUGGUUCUGGACAUUUACAAACUUUCAGGCUUUUAAGAUUUCUCCGCAGCAGGAAUUCUGCAGAUGGUCAUGCUAAUUAUGGUAUUCAGAUGGCUGUAAGCUUGGCAAUUGGUUUUUUGUUUCUUGGAGGAGGAAUGCAAACAUUUUCAACAGGCAACAGUUCGAUUGCUGCAUUGCUGAUUUCUCUUUACCCACGUUUGCCUAGUGGACCAAAUGAUAAUCGAUGUCAUCUCCAGGCAUUCCGGCAUCUAUAUGUGCUUGCAACAGAGGCUCGCUGGAUUCAGACAGUUGAUGUUGACACUGGUCUACCUGUAUAUGCCCCACUUGAAGUAACUAUUGCAGAGACUGACCAUUAUGCUGAAACAAGUUUCUGUGAGGUUACCCCCUGCAUUCUGCCAGAACGCGCUGUGUUGAAGACGAUACGUGUUUGUGGCCCUCGAUACUGGUCUCAAGUAAUGGAUUUUUCCCCGGAAGAUAAACCUUGGUGGAGUUUUGGCGACAAGAAUAAUCCAUUUGACUCUGGUGUUCUCUACAUUAAGCGAAAGGUGGGAGCUUGUUCAUAUGUGGAUGAUCCCAUAGGUUGCCAGUCACUACUGUCACGAGCAAUGCACAAGGUCUUUGGUUUGACAAAUUUAAGAGGACGUGAUCAAUGCACUAAUGGUGGCAGCAGACCUGGUUCGGUUACUGUUGACCAGUUGGUCAGUACCUUCUCAUCUGAUCCUAGCUUAAUUGCUUUUGCACAACUCUGCUGUGAUCCUUCUUUGAAAAGCAGAAGCGAUGUUGGUUUCCAGGAAUUUUGCUUGCAAGUUUUAUUUGAGUGUGUGAGCAAGGACAGACCAGCCCUGUUACAGGUAUAUUUGUCGUUGUACACAACAAUUGGGUCAAUGGCAGACCAAUUUACCACUGGUACGAUUGUCUUAAGUGACUCGCUCUUUAUCUCUAAUUUAAAGAUUGCAGUUGCAUACAAUGAGGCUCUGUUGAAUGGGAGAUUAACCACUUCAAGAGGUGGCAUUGUUCAAUCUUACUUCAUAGGAUCUAUUAGGAAGAGAGUGGAAGAUCUCCUAAACCCUUCAGAGGGAUUGAAGGAUUGUCUUUGUAAUUAUUUGAACUCCGGAAGGUGGCCAAAUGGAGAAUUUGAGGGAGACAAAGGUCCAAUUCUUCUUUCUUGGUACCUCCAGUGGUUUGGUGUACCAGCUCCAUCUGUAAUUAAAGCAGCGUUUGAUAAAAUCAAGCCUGAGCUUAAAUCCUCAUCUAUCAUUCCCUUGUUGCGUUUGUUAUUUCCAAGAACCGAUAUUGGUGCUAUUACCAAUAUAUAUAAGUUACUGGCUUCUAACAACAGUUGAACUUUGCGGCCUAUAGAGGCAUUUUACAGUCCAGGUAAUGUAUGUUCUAUGGUACUUUUCAAAUAUUUGUCGCCUUUUGUUGUAAAGCGGAAGAAUAGUCAUCAAUUUAUUUUAAGGCUUAGGUUUUGAGCUUUUAAUUAUUUCUGUUGGCAAUAGCAUGGCUCCCAAAUUAUAUUGUUGUAUAGUAUAUGUAUAUAUGUACAACCCCAGUGUGGAGGCUUUCCAUCUUUACAUCUUUUUUGGUCAGUCCAUGUUUGCAACACUUGCUUAAUUAGAAGUUAACAUUUAUUUUGUUUUA